AUAUUACAUUUUAUCUUUGUUCAAUUUGACUUAUUGACUUCUCUACAGAUUGUGCUUGUAAAUAUAUAAUUUAAGCAUAAACUUAUAAAGAAAACAAUAACUUGACUUAUCUCAAUUCUCUAGUUAAUUUUCAUAUAAUUUGAUAUUAACUGGUUCUUAGAUAUAGUAUAAAUAAGAUUUUUAUUAUUACAUUGUAGUGUAGUGAUGAACAUUUAUUAAUUUGAUUCAUUAAUUCGUAAAAAAUUCAUACAAAUAUCGUAGAAAUUGGUUCAAGAUCGUAAUAAAGGCAAAAAAAAUUGGUAACCAUGCAUUUAUUUUUAUAAAAAAUAAAAUAAGUAAUAGAAAAUUUAAUGUUAAAAAUUUAAUGCUUGAUAUAAAUUCUGUUCAAUUUUUCUUUUUUGGUAAAUUUUGUUUGAACAAUUAUUUGCAAAAGAUCUUAAUAUCAAUUUUGCAAAAUUUUGGAUGUGUAUAGAAGAAAAGAACGUGAGUAACAUGUUCUUUGUUUAAGGCAUAAAACAAUUGCAAUUUAAAAGUUAUAAAAAAAUAUUGUAUAAGUUAUUACAUUAUUCGAAUAUAAAUACUUAAAAAUGAAAUUAUAAAUAUUUGUAUUCGUAAUUGUGAUAAUUACGAUAAUUAUAGUAAACUGAUUAAAUUAGAUUAGAUUGUUUAGAUAUUCUAGAUGGAUGGAUUUUUCUCCCUUCAUUCACUUAUGUAAAUAAAAAAUUACAAACUUUGAUUAAAAUAAUAUAUAUAUAUAUGUAUUUAUUUAUUUAUUGCAUAUAAUUUAAUUAUAUUUCCGAAAAAUUAUAAUCUAAUCUAACCUAACCGUACUUCGCAUAUGCAAUGCAUAUACAAUUUUUAAACACUUAUAUUCGAAUAAUAAAUAUAAUAUAAAAAAUAUAAGUAUAGUUUUUUUUUAAAUAACUUUUAAACUAUGAUUUUCCUAUGCUUCGGAUAAAGUAUAUCUAUUAUUUAUAAUACUUAUUUCUAUAAUAUAUAUAAAAUAUAAAAUUUAACAAAAUUUUUAUAAUUAUCUAUAUUUGUUACUUAAUUAUUUUUUCACAUAUAUUAUUAUUCAAUAAAUCGAUAACAAAAUUUAUAAUAUACUUAUAUAUUAUAUUAUAUAUAAUAUAUUAUAUAGUUCUUUAUUUAGUCCUUUAAGUAUUUGCAGUUCUAUCUACAACUCGAAAAAAAAAUGCUUAUUUACUACAAGAUAUUGAGAAUUGGAAUUAAUGCAGUAAAUAUAAUUUAAAUAUAAUAUAAAUAUAAUAAAUAUAAAUAAAAUCGUUAUUCAUUUCAAAUAUAAUAUGCAUCAAUAGCAAUAUUGAUAUCAGUGAAACUAGUUUUUCAGGAAUUAUGUAGAUGCAUCGCAAUGUCUUUUUUUACUUGGAAAGGAAGUAACCGUUCCGAAAAUAUUGAACAUGCUGGACACAACUUACAAGAUGGUCUUUUUCAAAUCGCAUCUCAAACUUGUCAUAUUUUAGUACAAGUAAACAACACGCAUAAUAUUUCAUACGGUGGAAACAAUAAUAUAAGGAAUAUUGCAUAUUCCAAAUGUUUAAACAGUGAUGAAGAUUCAACACGACUGGCAGCUUCUUCCACAACUAAAGGAACUACUACAGUCAAAUCUUAUUCAAAAUAUAUGAAAGAUCAAGACAAAGAUCAGGAUAUUGUCGUUUUAUUACCACAUCGUAAAAACAGAACACCUCUUAUUAAACAUAAAUUAUCUACAGUUUCGGAAAAUGCUAGAUUGGAAUUGAAUUCAUCAAAAUACAGCGGCAAUGAAAAUAAUGGUAAUUCUGCUGGUAGUAGUACGAACGGUAAUAAUAUCAUACCUGAUGAUGACUUCGAAUUAUGGGAUCAUUCUGGUUUUAUGUUGAGAAACGAUGUAGAGGAUCCAAUAAUGAAUGGAAAAUGGGGAGGUGCUCAAGGAUGGUGUAAGCCAAGUUGCAUUCCAAUCACAGUUAUAUUAAUUUUAAUUGUGCUAGUUGUUUUAUUACCAUUAUUAGAUCAUGCAGCAGAUAAAUAUGCAUUAAAUGAUACGGAUUUAGAUUUCGAUUUUAGUUGUAUGGAAGGCUGUAAUUUAUCUUUUGUGGAAACUUUACCAGUAGGCAUGAAUUACAUAAAUAGCACUGUUUUUCUUGAUAAUACUUAUAAUUCGUGGAUCAAACUUAUUUCAUUAGCACGACAAAAAAUAGAAAUAGCAUCGUUUUAUUGGACUAUGAAAAGAGAAGAUGUAUAUUCAGACGAUACUGCAAAACAAGGUGAAGAAAUUUUUCGUUUGCUUCUUCAAGCGGGAAGAGAUCGAAAUAUUUUGUUGAAAAUAACGCAAAAUAUGCCAUCACAAAUUAGUCCGAACAUUAAUACAGAGAUUUUGAUGAAAAAAGCACAUGCUAAGGUUAAAAGUUUAAACUUCGCGGGAUUAUUCGGAGGAGGAGUACUUCACUCAAAAUUAUGGCUUAUUGACAGAACACAUCUAUAUGUAGGUUCCGCGAAUAUGGACUGGCGUUCACUUUCGCAAGUAAAAGAGCUUGGUUUAACCGUUUUAAAUUGCAGUUGCCUGGCAAACGAUUAUGCUAAGAUUUUCGAUAUUUAUUGGGCAAUAGGUGAAAAUGGUAAAAUACCAUCUGUUUGGCCAGACACUUUCAAUACAAAAAUUAACUUAAAGAAUCCAAUAAACUUUACUUAUAUGAACAAUAAGUAUAAAGUAUUUGUCGCUAGUUCACCUCCAUCAUUUUCGCCCAAAGAUAGAACCAAUGAUGUGGAUGCUAUUCUUUAUUGUAUCGAAAGAGCAGAGAAAUUUAUUUAUAUUUCUGUAAUGGAUUAUUUUCCAUUAACUGUAUAUACACCUAAAAUAAAAUAUUGGCCGAUAAUAGACGAUGCAUUGAGAACUGCAGCCAUAGAACGUAAAAUACAUAUACGAUUGUUAAUAUCAUCAUGGAAACAUUCAAGUAAAUUAGAAUUUCCUUUUUUGAAAUCUCUCGUGGAAUUAACAGAUAGUUAUACAGGUGUGAAAAUCGAAGUGAAAAGAUUUGUAGUUCCUACUAAUCCUAAUUUUGAUAAAAUACCAUUUUCAAGAGUAAAUCAUAAUAAGUAUAUGGUGACUGAUGCAACUGCAUAUAUAGGUACAAGCAACUGGUCUGGCGAUUAUUUCAUAAACACUGCAGGUAUUGGUACAGUAUUUGAGACAAUCGGCGAUCAAACUUUGGAUAAUCUUAGACAACAAUUGGAAAAUAUUUUUCAUCGUGAUUGGAAUUCCGAAUAUUCUUACUCUCUAAACAGAAGUUUGCCAUUCGUAGAACGACAGAUAAAUACUAUUGAAGAUAACUAUUAUCUAUCAUCAGCACGUUACAUAUUAGCGUGAUAGCGUCAAUGAUUUCAUUAACAAUUAUAUGUGCCUAACGAAAAAAAAUGAAAAUCAUUUUUUGAUGCUUAAUAUUUAUAAUUAGAGGUGAAUCUGUUAAAUUUUUAACUUUCCAUUUUUGAUAAAUAUUAAACUUUCUUUUUUUCUUCUC